UAAACCCUAACACAACAUCCGCAUACCGCACCUGGACCUCAUCUCACCGCACCUGGACGUCACUCCGCCGCACCUGGACGUCACUCCGCCAUAAUUUUUGCGAUUCAAUAGUAGUUAAAAUUGAAAAAACAGGGAUUAAAGGUGAUCAAUGGUGGUUCUUUCAAAGGAUCCACUAUACUGACAAAAAAUCAACAACGGCAAGGUCAUUGGUUUCACCCUCUCUUUCAAAUCCUUUAUUCCGGAAAGCCCGUUUCUGUGGUGCUGUCAACCAAUUCUCCUCCUUCUGUCGGUGGGAACCAUUUGCCAUACAUCACUUCUCCUCUCAACAACACCCGCGCCCCCCGCCGCCCCUUCGUUUUUGGGUGUCCAACUAGAGCAUAAUGGGAUCAAAAAAUGCAAACAAGAAGGACCUAAAGGACAAAAGGAGGAAGGUUAAGGAUAAUUUGAGUUCAAAACAUUCUGCACCGAGUGAUGGCAAGGUUAUCAGUGAUCCUCGUUAUGCAAAGGCUCACACAGAUCCUCGGUUUAGGGAGGCUCCAAAGCGUGAAACAAAGGUGGCCAUUGACUCUCGCUUCAACCGCAUGUUCACUCACAAGAGUUUUUUGCCCUCUUCUGCUCCUGUUGACAAGAGAGGCAAGCCCAAGAACAAACCAACCUCUCAACUUGGUUCUAUGCGCCAUUACUACAAAAUUGAUGAAAAGGAAACAGAGCAGAGUAGUGAUGAGGAAGAAGAAUUGGUGAAAGCCAAUCAGUUGAAACCAGAGAAUGAUAAAGGUUCUGAGUUCGAAGAGACCAGUGAAUCUGAGUCGUCAGCUGAAUCAGAAGAGGCCAGUGAGUCAGAGUCUGCUACAGAUACAGAUACAGAUGAAGGUGAGGACGAGGUAGUUUAUGAGGAAGAAGCAUCUGAUGUACAGGAAGACAUAGCAGAAAUUGAAAAAGAAACACAUAGGCUUGCUGUUGUUAACAUGGACUGGAGGUUUGUUAAGGCUGUUGAUUUGUAUGCAUUGUUAAGCUCAUUUCUCCCACCUAAUGGACUGAUCAAAUCAGUAACUAUCUAUCCAUCCGAGUUUGGCCUUCAACGUAUGAAAGAGGAGGAAAUUCAUGGACCUAUUGGUCUAUUUGAUGAUGAAAAUGAUGAAGAUAACAGCAAUGAUGACAUUGACAAUGAGAAACUUCGUGCAUAUGAGAAGAGUAGAAUGCGGUACUAUUUUGCUGUUGUGGAAUGCAACUCAAUUGCCACAGCAGAUUAUAUUUACAAGGAAUGUGACGGGGUUGAGUUCAUGCAGACGUCUAAUGCACUUGAUUUAAGGUUUAUCCCAGACGACAUGGAAUUCAAACACCCACCUCGGGAUGUUGCUACUGAGGUGCCUGCAAAUUACGAGUGUAAGGAUUUCUAUUCUCGGGCUCUUCAGCACAGUGAGGUUACCCUUACUUGGGAGGAUGAAGAACCUCUUCGCUCAAAGAUAUUGAAUCGGAAUCUCAAUGAUGAGCAGUUAGCUCAGAUGGAAUUGAAGGAACUCUUAAAUUCUGAUGAUAGUGAUAGUGAUGAUAGUAAGGAUAAUAAUAGUGAGACAGAUGAUCAGCCUGAUAAAAUUGAAAAAAAACGAGCUAAAUACCGUGCUUUGCUCCAAUCUGGUGAUGAUUCAGAUGGAGGUGGUGAACAUGAUAACGGCCAUGAUAUGGAGGUCACCUUCAAUACAGAUUUGGAAGAUUUAAGCAAACAUAUAUUAGAAAAGAAGGAUAAACAAUCAGAAACAGUUUGGGAUGCAUAUUUGAGGAAAAAACGGGAGAAAAAGAAGGCCAGGAAAAAUAAAGCAAAGUAUUCAUCAGAUGACGAUAGCGAUGAUACCGAUCAAGAGGCAACUGAAGAAGCAGAUGACUUCUUCAUCGAGGAGCCUGCAGUCAAGAAGAGGAAAAAGGCACAAAGUACAGACGAAGAACAUAAGCCCCAAGACAAAGUGAGCAAAGAGGAGCUUGAACUGUUGCUUGCUGAUGAUAAGGGAACAGAUAGUGGUCUCAAGGGAUAUAAUCUAAAAUUUAAAAAGGGCAAGGGAAAAAGGAGGGAGAAUGCUUUUGAUGAGGAAAAAAUACCAAGUAAUGCAUUUGAUGAUCCACGUUUUUCAGCUCUUUUCUCCUCAAACUAUGCAAUUGAUCCCACCGACCCACAAUUUAAAAGGAGUGCGACAUAUGCCAGGCAGCUAGCCCAGAAGCAGCAAAAGGAUAGUGCGGAUCCACCUGCGGAAAGGGAGCCUACAAAACCAAAAGGAAUGCAAUUGUCUUCGGAUGAUUCUGGCAUGGUGAAGGAGGGUGAGGAAAAACCAUUAGAAGUUUCGAUGUCAAAGAAAGAUAAAUAUGAAAUAUCAUCUUUGGUUAAAUCGAUUAAGAUGAAAGCAAAACAAGUUCAGUUACCCUCUGGUAGCAAGACAAGGAAAGAAGAAAAAUCACAUAUUAAAGGUAUGAAGAAAAAGAGGCAGUAGUUCUACCGAGCCCAGCAGGUUGUUUAUUCUUCCAAGACGUGAAAGUUUUCCUGUCCAAAUCACCCAUUUGAAAUUUUGAAUCCACAUAAUUAGAAUGCUUCAUUAAUAUUUUGGUCCAAACUACAUGUAGAACGGUAUAAAUUAUAAUGAGUUUGAUGAUUAGUUUUGGAAAACGCAUCCAUUUGGUGGUGUUA